CAUCUAAAGUUGAAAGUACAUCUAAAGAAUCCUCUUCUUCUUCUUCUUCCAUAGUCUAUCCUUUAUUAACAAUGUUGUCAGUACUAUUUCUACUUGCUCUAUGCCUAAUUAUUCCUUUGCUAAUAUUCUUCCAAAACCAUAGAACAAUUAAACAUUAUCCACUUGGUCCUAAAGGCCUUCCCAUAAUAGGAAAUCUUCAUCAACUAGACAUUUCUAAUCUUCCUAUUCAACUUUCUCAAUUCUCAAAGACAUAUGGUCCUCUAUUUUCAAUUCAACUUGGAUUAAGAAAAGCUAUUGUUGUUUCUUCUGCCGAAAUUGCAAAAGAAGUAUUGAAAACCAAUGACCAAUUGUUUUCUAAUAGACCUAUAUUAUAUGGUCAACAAAAGUUGUCUUAUAAUGGGUCAGAAAUCUUUUUUUCACAAUACACUGAUUUUUGGAGAGAAAUAAGAAAAAUUUGUGUUAUUCAUAUAUUUAGUUCCAUACGUGUGUCAUAUUAUUCUUCUAUAAGAAAUUUUGAGGUGAAGAAAAUGAUAAAAAAAAUUUCAGGGCAUGUUAGUUCUUCAAGUGUUUCAAAUAUGAGUGAGAUAUUGAUAUCUCUUUCAAGUACGAUAAUUUGCAGGAUUGUUUUUGGGAGAAGCUAUGAAGAUGAAGGAACUGAGAGAAGUAGGUUUCAAGGAAUGUUUCAUGAGUGUCAAGCUUUGCUGGCAGAAAUAUUUGUUUCUGAUUAUAUUCCAUUCAUGAGUUGGAUUGAUAAACUUAGGGGAUUGCAUGGUCGUCUUGAUAGAAAUUUCAAGGAGUUUGAUGAUUUUUAUCAAGAGAUUAUAGAUGAACAUUUGGAUCCAAAUAGAAAACAUACAGAUGAAGAGGUUAUUGUUGAUGUCUUGCUUCAACUUAAGAAAAAGCGUUCAUUUUCUUUUGAUAUCACUUUUGAUCACAUCAAAGGGGUCCUUAUGGAUAUUAUUGUAGCUGGAACAGAUACCACAGCAGCCACAUCAGUUUGGGCUAUGACUGCCUUAAUGAAAAACCCAAGAGUAAUGAGGAAAGUACAAGAUGAAAUUAGAAAUUUGGGAGGUGAAAAAGAUUUUUUAGAUGAAGAUGAUAUUCAAAAUUUACCUUAUUUGAAGGCAGUGAUUAAAGAGACGCUAAGAUUGCACCUACCAGCCCCUCUACUUAUGCAAAGAGAAUCACGUGAAAAUUGCACUAUAAGUGGAUACAAUAUUCCAGCCAAGACAAUAUUGUAUGUGAAUGCUUGGGCUAUUCAGAGAGACCCUAAUGUUUGGAAAAAUCCAGAAGAAUUUUAUCCUGAAAGAUUCUUAGAAAGUUCUAUAAAUUUUAAUGGACAAGAUUUUGAACUAAUACCCUUUGGAGCUGGUCGUAGAAUUUGCCCAGGUAUGCCUAUGGCAGUUGCCUCAUUGGAACUUAUCCUUGCCAAUCUUCUUUAUUCAUUUGAUUGGAAAUUGCCACAUGGAACAGUAAAGGAAGAUAUUGAUACUGAAAUGUUGCCAGGGAUCACUCAACACAAGAAGAAUCCUCUUUGCCUUGUUGCCAAGAUCCCUAUGUAGACGCAUGACCUUUAUCAUGUCUAUGUUGGUUUCAUGUAAAAUAUGUUAUGUUUAUUAGCCUUUUUAUGUGUUUUACUCAGUCACG